CCACUGUGUCGCCGGUGGGAUACUGAUGGGCUCCCGAGCCGCGGCGCUUGUGCUGCCGUCCGGGCGGGUUCCUCAGCGGAGCCCCGCUGCUGGUAGGCACAAUGAGCGGACGGCAGAGAACGCUCUUCCAGACGUGGGGCCCGAGCCUCGUGCGAGGCGCCGGCGCUCCCGGCUGCGGCCAGCCGCGCUCGCCCGCGGUGGCGGAGGCGCUGCCGGAGGAGGACGACGACGAGGUGCUGCUGGUGGCGGCUUACGAGGCCGAGCGGCAGCUGGAUCUCGGGGAUGGCGGCUUCUGCGCGGCUGCGGGCGCCCUGUGGAUCUACCCUACCAAUUGCCCGGUGCGCGACUACCAACUGGACAUCUCCCGGACCGCUCUGUUCUGCAACACCCUGGUGUGCCUGCCCACCGGGCUGGGGAAGACCUUUAUUGCCGCCGUGGUCAUGUAUAAUUUCUACCGCUGGUUCCCUUCUGGCAAGGUGGUUUUCAUGGCACCCACGAAGCCCCUGGUGACACAGCAGAUGGAAGCCUGCUUCCACGUGAUGGGUAUUCCACAGUCUCACAUGGCUGAAAUGACAGGUUCAACUCAAGCUAUCAACAGGAAGGAGAUAUGGUCCAGCAGGAGGGUUCUUUUUCUCACACCUCAGGUCAUGGUAAAUGACCUUACUAGAGGGGCUGUUCCUGCUGCCCAUGUGAAGUGUCUGGUGGUUGAUGAAGCUCACAAGGCCCUUGGGAACUAUGCUUACUGCCAGGUUGUAAGGGAACUGGUCAAACACACCAACCAUUUUCGAAUUUUGGCUCUUACUGCCACACCAGGUAGUGAUGUCAAGGCUGUGCAACAGGUGAUUACUAACCUACGAAUUGGGAAGAUAGAGCUUCGUUCGGAAGAUUCUCCAGAUAUUUUGCCUUAUUCUCAUGAAAGAAGAGUUGAGAAGCUCGUUGUUCCCCUUGGGGAAGAACUAGGAGCCAUUCAAAAGACGUAUAUCCAGAUUUUGGAAACAUUUGCCAGUUCUUUGAUUCAGAGAAAUGUUUUGAUGAAAAGAGACAUUCCCAAUCUAACAAAGUAUCAGAUAAUUCUGGCAAGAGAUCAAUUUAGAAAAAACCCAUCUCCAAAUAUUGUGGGAAUUCAGCAAGGCAUAAUUGAAGGAGAGUUUGCCAUCUGUAUUAGUUUGUAUCAUGGUUAUGAGUUACUGCAGCAGAUGGGAAUGCGGUCAUUAUAUUUCUUUCUUUCUGGAAUCAUGGAUGGAACUAAAGGAAUGACAAGGGCAAAAAAUGAGCUCAGCAGAAAUGAGGACUUCAUGAAGCUCUACACGCACCUGCAGAAUGUGUUUGCUCACACUCGAGAUCCUGCAGCAGCCAGCGAUGCUUUGGCUUUCCAGAAAGGAAAUAAAGAGAAAAAAUUUGUCUAUAGUCAUCCAAAGUUAAAGAAACUGGAAGAAGUUAUACUUGAACACUUCAAGUCAUGGAAUGCUAAAAACACCACUGAAAAGAAAUACCAUGAGAGCAGAGUUAUGAUCUUCUCUUCAUUUCGAGAUAGCGUUGAGGAAAUUGCAGAAAUGCUUUUACAGCACCAGCCAGUUAUUAGAGUAAUGACGUUUGUGGGCCAUGCUUCAGGGAAAAACACAAAAGGUUUUACCCAGAAGGAACAACUGCAGACAUAUAAUCAGAGUCAGUCCAACAAAAAAAAUAUUUAUAAAGCUAUUUCAGGUAGCAGACAAGUACUUCAGUUAUACCAAGAAAGCCCACGAAUGGUUCCUGAUAAAAUCAAUCCUGAAUUACACAAAAUGUUCAUCACACAUAGUGUCUAUGAACCAGAGAAGGCUCGGAGUGUACAGCGAAAGUCGUUUUCCUCGAGGGGUGGAACAAGAGCUAGUAAUUCGAAUAAAGAUGGGCUCUUAUCAGAAGAGGAAUUUAACCUAUGGAACAGACUCUAUAGGUUAGGAGACAGUGACACAGUUAAAGGAGUGACAUUGCCUCAGUCUCACUUCCUGUCUGUACAGGAGGACAGAGCGACUCAAGAACCAACUACUGGAAUUCACCAGCUCUCUCUCUCUGAGUGGAGUGUCUGGCAAGACCAUCCGCUUCCUACACAUCAAGUUGACCAUUCAGAUCGCUGCCACCAUUUUAUAAGCAUUAUGCAAAUGAUAGAAGGGAUGAGACAUGAAGAGAAUGAAUGCAGCUAUGAAUUAAAAAUUAAGCCUUUUCUACAAAUGGAAGAUAUCUGCUCAAAGUACAAUGCUCCCAGGAAUAGAUAUAAUAAUGUAGCCAGUGUCACCAGUAUUGCUCACAAGGAGUCUUCAUUUAGACCGCGUGUAGAUGCAGGAGGUUCCUUGUCAGUGAUAGAGUCUGAGGAAGAGCGUGCUACCACUGUUAAACAAACGGAUUCUGAAUGGACCAAAAUUACUUCUCUAAGGGGAAAAGCUUUUAGAGCAGUGGGAAAAGGCCAGACUCGUGAGCAAAGUGGUGGUGAUGAUGCUGAUGAUGCUGAUGAUGAUGCUGAUGAUGCAGAUACAGAUUUUUCAGACACUGACAGACAUUCUCCUGCCAGAGCUGUUUCCCAGGUGGAACGACCCAGAGGUGAAAGGAUGGCAGAUGUAGGUAGAAUUUCCAUCCUGGGUGCUGUUACUGAAGAUGAUAGCCAUCCAGGAACAUUACUAAUGGAGUGUCAGAUCACAGAUAAAUCACUUGCCAGGUACUCAUUAGAUUCUGGGUAUAGUAGUUUCAGUGAUGAGAAAUCUGUGUCAUCAAAUUUGUUCCUUCCGUUGGAAGAGGAGCUGUACACAGAUAGAGCAGCUGAGCAGUUUUAUAAUUGUCAGCCCGUGACAGAAGAAGUACUAGCUAAUGUGGAGAGAUUUUUAUCCUGUUCUCCCCCAUCUCUCAGUGGACUCUCAGACGUGGAGUAUGACAUUAGUCAGUGUUUUGAACUUGACAAUGUGUCCUGCUCACCCUACCCAGAGCAUGAACACAGUCAUAAACCUGGCUCACCCUACCCAGAGCGUGAACACAGUCAUAAACCUGCUUUUCUGGCAUCACACUCUGCUGGGAAUUCUCAACAAAAUUUAGAAUUGAAUUCAGCUAAACGUAUUAAUCAUCCUUCUGAAAAAUAUUGUCUUCCUGGCACAACUCAUAAUAAGAUUUCUGAUCAGCCCUCCUUCAGUGACUCUGAUAGUAAGUCCCAUAAUAUUGAAAAUCAAAAUUUAACAUCUAAUAGUUAUGGUCAAAUACAAGUAAACCUUGAAAAUAAUUUGGAUGAUGAGAAUAGCCAUGAAGACAGUGAAGCCCCUGUAGUGUUCACUGAUGAGGAUGAGAGCUUACUGUUGUUUGAAGAUGACCUGAAGAAGGUUGAAGAUGUUACUGAAGACUUGAAUGGGGCGGGCCUUCCUCCCGUCAGCAGUGUCAAUCAGCCCCUCAGUGUGUCGGAUGAGACUCUCACAGGUGUCGUGCCUCCGGUCUCUCGCUUCUUCAUUUCGGAUGAGCUGUUGUUAGAUGAUGACUCUGAACCUGAAGAUCAAGUCAUCUGUGAUACCAAGAGUUGGAAAUGUCAUGAAGGUGUGGAGGAUGGACAUGAAGAGCUGAAGACCAAGGAACAGACUUUUGAUUGCUCUGCAGACUUAUUUUCUGUUACCUUUGACUUAGGAUUUUGUAGUUCAGGUUCUGAUGAUGAAAUCUCAGCACGUGCCUCUGAGAGGAGUAGCGCCCUAAGAGCAGGUAAUGUGCCUUCAAGGAGUUCUGAUAAGGAGACAAAGGAUGCCAGUUUGACUUCAGGUCCAUUGGGUGGAACCAUCUCACCAAUCCCAACUGAAGAAGCGCAGUGGUCACCUUGGGCACAGAAUGAGGAAUGUGCGUCUUUCCACUUUGCCCCUUCCUCUCCUGUGAAGGAGAGAGUCAUGAGUACUCCACUUUCUAAGUCCCACACGAGUUCUAAGACAGGAGCACACAUGCUCAAGACACUAGACUCUACCAGGGAGAAAGCAGGUGGGCAGGGUUUCAAAGUGACAUUAAACCCAAGAUUGGACAAUCUAGGAUUUUCUGUAGCAGAGACCAAGAGCAGUGAUCAGCUCGUUGUGCAUCAAUCCCCUCAGCACCCUGAAGUUGAACACUUAACUAGUGAAAGCGAAGAUGAUGUUUUCCUGAGAAAAACUAAAAAACCAAAAGGAAAUGUCCUGAAGUCCCCCGAGUAUCAGAAAAACAACGAAGUUGAUUCACCUAUUCAUGUUGUAAAAAAGUCCAGGGUUCUUAGGUCAGAAUUAUCAUCUAGCGACGAUGAGAGUGAGAAUUUUCACAGACCAUGUCCAAGACUGAAACACUUCAAGGAUCGUAACAGGAACACCAGAAAAGGCUCCGAAGCCCAAAAGAAACGGAUUCAAGUAAAGACUCUAGCUCGGAGGUUUUUAGACGAUGAAGCAGCGGUUUCUGGAGAGGAUGCAGACUGUGUCUCCUCAGAUGAGGGUGAUGACUCUGAGAACGAGCAGGAUUCCUCACUCCUCGACUUUGUAAAUGACCGGACGCAGCUUUCACAGGCUAUAAAUGAUUCUGACAUGAGAGCUAUUUACAUGAAAUCUGUACGUAGUCCAUUGAUGGGCACUAAGUACAAAAUGGUCCGUGAGAAGCACACCAACAGGAACAUUUUCUCACAGAUUCCUGAGCAAGAUGAAAACUAUUUAGAGGACAGUUUUUGUGUUGAUGAAGAAGAGUCUUGCAAAAGCCUGUCAAGUGAAGAAGAAAUUUGUGUUGAUUUUAACUUGACUAAGGAUUCCUUUACAGAUGAGGACAGAAGAUAUAAAACCCGAUACGCAGUAAAGCGCAGACAAAUGAACAAGAGACAGAACUACACACGGUCAGGAAAGAAAUUGUCUAGAAUUAUCUUACCCGAGGAGGAGUCAAGUGAGGAAGAAAACACCGCCAGUGACAGAGAGGACUCUGGUGCUGGUGGCCGCGCUGCUGAUGAGCAUACACAGCAGGGCCAGCGCUGGGCUUCGGGGCCAUCGGGGUCCUCAGUGCAGCCCAAGAUCCUUUCUAACCCAGCAGGGAAUCAGUCAUCCGGGCAGAGACUACAGCUGCUACCCAAUAUGAAGGAUGCUGUUCCUAGAGCCUUGAACCUGAAGGCUCAGAGCCAUAAUCCAAUCAAAUCUCCUUCACCGCCAUGUCCUGGUGCUGAGUCAGGGAAGGAACGUGGGAACCGGCCAGUUCAGGUGAAGGCUGAUGAGGACGAGCACAGUGCCACCUCGGCAGCACCCUGUUCUACUUUCCUACCACAUGUGGCCGAGGUACAAACAGCCCCUAGGCAUCCGCAAGAAGGAAACAGGGCUUGCAUUCUUGUAGACAGUCGUGAAAUCACUACCGGUUUGGAAAUAAUCUCUUCGCUAAGAACAGUUCAUGGGUUACGAGUGGAGAUCUGUCCUCUUAAUGGCUGUGACUACAUCGUAAGCAACCGGAUGGUAGUAGAGAGGAAGUCUCAGUCUGAAAUGUCAAGUAAUACUGGUAAGAACAAGUUCAUUGAGCAGAUCCAGCGCCUGCAAAGCAUGUUUCAAAGAAUAUGUGUAAUUGUGGAAAAAGACAGAGAAAAAGCAGGAGACACGUCAAAAAUGUUUAGAAGAUCGAAGUGCUAUGACAGUUUGCUGACUGCCUUAGUUGGUGCUGGAAUCCGAAUCCUUUUUAGCUCUGGACAAGAAGAGACUGCAGAUUUACUGAAGGAGCUAUCAUUGGUGGAACAAAGAAAGAAUGUUGGUAUUCAUAUUCCAGCACUGCUGAGCCCUAGUAAACGUGAGGCACUUCAGUUCUAUUUAAGUAUUCCCAGUGUAAGUUACAUAACUGCCUUAAAUAUGUGUCACCAGUUUUCAUCUGUGAAAAAGAUGGCUAACAGCUCCCCUGAAGAAAUCUUCACAUGUGCGCAAGUAACUCGUCAAAAGGCUGAGGAGAUCUAUAAAUAUAUUCAUUAUAUAUUUGACAUGCAAAUGUUGCCAAAUGAUCUUAACCAGGAAAGACAAAAAUCUGAUACAUGAUCAACAUUCAGAGUCACUAUGAAAGAACUUUCAUGAUGCUAAUAUACUUCAAUAAUCAUUGUAGUUUGUGACUGCCAGUUAAAAAUAUGUAUUUCAUCUCUUAAUGAUCUUUAUAUUGUAUAUACCUUUUUAUUUAUAGACUAUAUAAUUUAUUUUUAAAAGGAAAUCUUUAAUGUUCCAUAAUCAUUUUGAUUAGACUGUGAAACAAAAUUUUAAUGAAUAAAUCAAGACUGUUAGAAAUGUUGUUCAGAGUGGUUUAAGCAUCUAAGAAAAGAAGCCAAAGGGCUGGGAGAUGUUCAGCUGCCUAAGUGUUUGCUGCACAAGCCUGACAACCGGAGUUCCUCCCUGUGCUGGCUGGUCUUAUGUCAACUUAAGCUAUCUGAAGGGAGGGAACCUCAACUGAGA